CACUGAUUUGCGGUGUGCUCUGUCCCUUCUGUUACAGAGAGGAUGUAAUCUAGUCUCUCUGGUUGUGGGUAAAUAACUGAAUCCAAACCACACCCACUUCCAGCUGUGCAGUUUACAGCAGCUCAGUACUGAAUCAAAGGAAUCACCUGCAAUGUGUCGGUUCGGUCAAACGCGUUUGUCGACUCAGUGACUCGGUGAUGGAGAUUUCCGACUCCUCCCAACGCCGAGAGACGGAGACAGAGACGGAGCGGAGAGCAGGUCCUCCUUGUGUCUGUAGAGCAGAUCACUGAGACUAAGAGCUGAUGGCGAACCGAGGGCCGAGUUAUGGCCUGAGCCGUGAGGUGCAGGAGAAGAUCGAGCAGAAGUACGACACGGAGCUUGAGGCUCGAAUCGUGGACUGGAUCGUGGCUCAGUGUGGAGACGACCUGCAGCGCCCACAACCUGGCAAGCAGAACUUCCAAAACUGGCUCAUGGAUGGCACGAUUCUCUGCCGGCUUAUUAACAGCCUCUACCCCAGCGACCUGCAGCCCAUAAAGAAGAUUCCUGAAACCAAGAUGGCCUUCAAGCAGAUGGAGAAAAUCUCUCAGUUCACGCAGGCUGCAGAAGCUUAUGGUGUGACCCGAGGAGACAUUUUCCAGACUGUUGACCUGUGGGAAGGGAAGGACAUGGCUGCUGUCCAGAGGACACUCAUGGCUCUGGGAAGCGAGGCUCUUACCAAAGACGACGGUCAUUACCAUGGCAACAAGGACUGGUUCCGCAGGAAAGCUAAAGGCCACAGGAGGGAGUUCUCAGAGGAGCAGCUACGUCAGGGUCGUUCUCUGAUCGGUCUGCAGAUGGGCAGCAACCGUGGUGCGUCUCAGUCGGGUAUGACGGGGUACGGAACGCCGCGACAGAUCAUGCGCUACGACUCGCCGCGGCGCAAUGGAGAACCGAGUUCCCCCUAAACCCGCCUUGCAGUCGUACAACCCGGAAACCGCACAUCAGAUCCAGAGCUCUUCCUUUUCACAUUCUGUUCAGUUUCUUCUUCUCAGCUUCCUGUUCACACUCGCCAAAUAUUUAUUCAAACACGUAACCAGUCUCACACAAACCCUCUGCACCUACAGCGACCAAAAAAACACCACAUCAAUAUCGCUAUUUUACGCAGUUGUUUAGCUAAUAGGUGUAGCUCGCUAAUCAGUUAAACUCCUUUAGUUCAAAUAACGCAAAAGAUUGUCCUGGUUUUUAAGUCUUCAAAGGAUAAUGCAGAUUUUGUUAGCAAUAAAUAUUAAAAAGAAAAAAAAAACAUUUUAAGGCGCAUGUGGACAAAUCAAAGAUAAAUUCUAGUUUACCACAGAAAAGAGAUGAAAUACGAGUGGGGGGAAAAAAACGUGUAGCGACGCGUCUGGUUCGAAAUCGACCUCAUCGUUUAACAUCUACACCAUUUUUACCACCAGCUCAGGGGAAUGAAACCUGCAGACAAAUCAAAUUUACUUUAGCUCACAGAAAGCCCUUAGGCUAGCAAUGUGUACCGUAGUUACUAAUAAAUAAAAACAGCACAGUUGGAGUGCUGAUCUGGAAUUCGCUAAAAAAUUUCUCCAAGAAACGGGGAACAGCUUCAUGCUAACGAUUUGCCAAGUGAAAAGCAUUCCUUUGUGUUUGAGAAACAAAACUCCUAAAGCUUUUAUAAAACUCAAGUUUCACAGGAGUUUGUGGUUAAGUAGCUAAAGCUAAAAAAAAAUGGGCAAGGUUACUACACACUAGCUAAAGUUAUUAUAUGCUAAUCGACAAUGUGCUAUCUAAAGCUACCACCGCCUUGUGCUAAUUGGCUGAAUUAGCUGCCAACAAGCUAAAAUUCCCACAAGUAGGGAAGUUCUUAGGUGUCUAAAAGAACCACAGUAUGUAGCUAGCUAAAUAUUUUCAACUAGCACAGUUAGCCCCAAGUAGUUACUAUUAACUAACUAAAGAUUGUUAUAAAACAAUUAUAAUAACACUAAAACUAUUAACUUAUUGCCUCAUAAACUGAUUCAGCACAGUAGUGGUUAUGAUUAGCUGUCAAAUGAUUCCACAGGAAACUGCUAGAUACAAAUAUGUACUGCUAGCUAUCAAAAUUUACCUCACAUAAUUACUACUAGCUACAUUGCUAUUGUGAGCCAGCCAAAUUAGCCACAAGUAUUUACUAUUAUUUGUAUAAAGGUUCCACCUUGCCGUUCUAGCUAAACUUAUUGCAAAUAAUUUAAUGCUAGCUAUCUAAAUUUACCCCACAAUGUUACUAUUAGCUAACUGACGGUACUACGUGACUUUGCACUUUGCUAGCUACAAUAAAUUAAGAUAUUUGCUGCCAGCUGGCUAAACUAAUCACAAUCGCCAUACGUGGCCUCAACCUGUGCUACUUAAGGCUAGGACUUCAUCAUUCCCUGACCACUCUGACAGCAUUGUGUGGCCUCAGGAUAUUUUAUUUUUUCGCAUUUUGAUUCGCCACUAGACAAUAACGUGACCACGUGGUGUGUAAACUGUGGUUUUCACGUGUUCCUUCAUUCCUGAAUAGAAGCCAUAAGAAGCUGUUGCACUGUCAGACCUUUAAGGUGAAGAUUGUCAUUUUUGGGUUUUAACGAUGUCAGAAUGAUGUCAUGAUGCACCUCAAAAUAGCUUAUGUAGUAACAUAAGAUUAACAUAAAGUAGAUGUAGAUUAACAUAAAUGCAAGAUUUUCUUGCAACUAAGCUACUAAAAUACCCACAGGAUUCUCCUAGAUAUUGAACUCUAAUGCAUGAUGUUUUUGCUAGCUAGCUCACAGGAUGUUAGUAUUAACUAGCUACAAUUGGUUUUUCUAGUAACUAGCUAAAGUUACCACAGGAUUCUCCUGCUAGUUGGCUAACACUAAUGCAAGAUAUUUUUUGUUAGCUAGUUCAGUGAAAUUAGAAUCUACUUACUGCAAUUACCCAAUGUUCUUGCUAGUAGCUAUUUAAAGUUACUACAUACUGUAAUUAUCAUGCUGGUUAGCUAACAGUAAUGCAUGAUUUUCUUACUAGCUAGUUCAGUAAAAUUAACACAGGGUGUCCCAGCUAGCUGGCUACAAUUACAAUAUGGUCUUGCUAGUAGCUAGUUAAAGUUACCACAAUUCUCCUGCUAAUUAGUCAACUAUUAGCUAGCUACAAUUACCACACAGUCUUGUUAGUAGCUAGCUUAAUUUACCAAGGUAGUAUUUUGCUUGUUUGUUUUUUUUUAGCUAGGUAUUACAGUAAAAUUACCACAGAAUGUUGCUAUUAGCUAGCUACAAUUACCAUAUGGUUUUGCUAGUAGCUAGCUAAAUUUACCAUAUGAUUGUCCUGCUAGUUAGCUAACAGUAAUGAAGGA